GGAUUAGAACUGGGUGCAGUAGAGACAUUAAUUGUCUGGGAGAAUUUGGAUAUUUCACGCUAUAUCUUGAAAAAUGCUGUUGGAACUGAGACAGUGAUCCAUUUAACCAAGGAACAGGAAAAAGACCGAUCUCGGUUUCAGGACAAGGAAACUGGAGCAGAGAUGGAAGUUGUUGAUAAGUUGUCUCUACUCGAAUGGCUUGCUGAACAUUACAAGGACUUUGGUGCGACACUAGAGUUUAUUACUAAUCGCUCACCGGAAGGAUCGCAAUUUGUCAAAGGAUUUGGUGGAAUUGGAGGAUUACUAAGAUACAAGGUCGAUUUCGACCAGCUGACUUAUGACAGUGACGAUGGUUUUUUGUCUGAUUAA